GCUGACCCAGCCCGCCGGCGCUCGAUUGGUUCCCGCGGUCGCUGACGCGUCGCGCUUCCUCGUCUGCCCUCGUGCUCCGGCCGCCCGCUCUCUCUUCCCCUCGGCAGAGAAGAGGCGAUGGCGGCGGUGGCACCUCUCGGGGCCCUGGCACUCUUCCUACUGUCCGGCCUCUCCUGCUGCUCAGCAGAGGCCUGCAUGGAGCCCCAGAUCACUCCCUCCUACUACACCACCUCGGAUGCGGUCAUUGCCACCGAGACGGUCUUCAUCGUGGAGAUCUCCCUGACCUGCAAGAACAGGGUCCAGAACAUGGCUCUUUAUGCCGACGUCAGUGGAAAACAAUUUCCUGUCACCCGGGGCCAGGAUGUUGGGCGCUACCAGGUGUCCUGGAGCCUAGACCACAAGAGCGCCCACGCGGGCACCUACGAGGUCAGGUUUUUCGACGAGGAAUCCUACAGUCUCCUGAGGAAGGCUCAGAGGAAUAACGAGGACAUUUCGAUCAUCUCGCCCCUGUUCAUAGUCAGCGUGGACCACCGGGGCGCCUGGAACGGGCCCUGGGUCUCCACCGAGGUGCUGGCCGCAGUGGUUGGCCUGGUGAUCUACUACCUGGCCUUCAGUGCAAAGAGCCACAUCCAGGCCUGAGGCC